GUCGAAAUAAAUAGAUUGUUUUUUUUUUAUCUGAAAUUGUUGUCAUGCAAAAGUUACGUUUCUUGAUGCGUUGGGCUUUAAUUCUGUAUGACGAAGAUGGAUUUACGUCAAUCGAAAAAUCCACAUCUCUUACUGGGAAUAUCAAACAGACUUCAGUAUGUAAGCUGAAAAUAACCAAUGGCCAGACAUAUAAAGUCGAGAUUCUCCAGCUUGCUGAUACCAAAGCUGAGCUGAACAAGUAUGCCAAAAAUUGGGGGCUGACCCAUCGGGCACUAGCCAUUCACAAUGCCAUCAAGAAGUGCAAGGGAAGCAAGAAAGGAGGCUUUCUGUCUGUCUGGCCAUCUGAUGAAGAAAACAACAUUGCUACUGACAGAGGUAUCACUCCUACUAGCAUAAGUACCGACCUCGUUUCUAUUGGUACCACUUCUCCUGAUAUUACUUCCUCUCCAACUGCUAUUGAAGGUACUUCAACCAAUAUGGACAACAUUCCUGCCAAUGGUUUACCACGCAGUGAAAAAAUUCAG